AUGUCUUCACACGCCACAGCCCUCUCUUCCACAAAACCCGAAGGCCAGGUGGCGGUCGCGCGAGCCAAGUACACGCGCCGCCGGGUCCGCGGCUGGGAAACGACCAAGCUCUUCCUGCGGUCGCUCUCGCUGACGGUCUUCCUCGGCAUCUUCAUCACAAACAUGACGUACCUCCUGCCGCUCGGCGCCACAAACUCGGCGCUCGACGACAUCUGGCCGUGGAUGACCAUGGCGGCCGCGGGGCCGGCGCUGCUCUGGGACGUCGCCGACCUCCUGACGCUCUGGGUGCGGCGCGGGCGCGCCAUCGCGCCCAAGGCGCAGAUCGGCAUCGAGCUCGUGCUGGCGCUGGGGGCGGGCGCCGGGGCGGGCAUCGUCGGGUGGCAGCUGGCGCUGACGGCGGCGGGGUUCGGGCCGGCGGACGGCGAGGCCGAGGGGCGCGCCGAGGGGGUGCUCGGCGCGCUGUUCACGCUCAUGAUGCUGCUGCUCGGGGCGCGGGGUCGUGCUCUUUGUGCGCGCCACGAGGCCACCAACGAGGGCUCAUGGAGAUCAAUGAAACAUCCUGAGGGAGCAAAGUCCCAAAAGGAAGUCCCAAAAGACCCAAGCAAGCACAGGAGACAGACGAUCAAGCCCAGACGUGCUCGGGACAUCCGGAUGUUGAGAGCAUUUGGCGCCAGCAAAGUCAAAUCGCAUACAGUACACCACCUGUCCCCUGCCAUCACUGCCAGGCCGCUGGUCCCGAAACACCACACCAGCCUUGCCAACCUCACCUCCACCUCCACCUCCACCUCCACCUCUCCGGCCGAGCAUCGCGAGCCCCUCGAUAACCGACAGCGACUUGACGACGCCCAGCCCGCGUAUGGCCUGCUCCAUCUCACCCUGACGGCAACCGCCGAAUGCAUCUCCAUCACCACACCCGAAGAUACCCGCGGCGGCGCCUUCUACACGGCCGUCCCCCACCACCGCAGCACCCACCGUACCGCCUUUGUGCUGCGCGUCACCUCCAUCAUCCUCUCCGUCAUGGCCAUCUCCGUCAUCUGCUACUCGUUCACCCACGACGACGUCGAGCCCGACGUCAACGCCGCCUUUGGCGCCCCGACCGCCAUUGUCGCCCUCGUCUGGUCGUCCCUCGACAUCGUCUUCCGCAUCGUCCGCGACCACGGCCUCUGGUGGCGCAACGCCGACCGCGACCGCCGCGACCGCCGCUUCAGCUUCGGCCACCCGUGCCUGCACGUCACCGCCCACCUCGCCAUCUGGCUCGGCAGCGCCGUGCUGAGCGUCUUCCUGUGGCAGAGCUACGUCUACCAGCGCACGCCCUGGCCCGACUGGUACAGCCCGGACAUCUACACCCUCGGCUACGACACGGCCAGCUCGUCGCGGCGCACCCUGACCAUUGCCGUGCUCCACGCGCUGCUGCCGUGCGUUCUGCCCUCUCCCGUCUCCCAUGUCCCGUGCCGCCGUGCUAACAGUGCCAUGUCCAGGAUCGUCCACUUUGUCCUCUUCGUCUUCGCGUGCAUCGCCGCCGACGACAAGAAGAGGCACCACGUCGACGUCGUCUUCGUGCCGAGGGAGGACCUGCGCGAGUUUGAAAAGGUGCCGCCGGCGACGCUGGUCGAGGUCGUCCGCAGCAAGAGGCUGCCCAUUGCCUACUAUGCGAAUCACUCGGUGCGGUACGAGCCCGGCGCUGACGGGACCGUGCAGAUUCUGCGGGACUACAGCAGUCGGCAGCUGUCGUGA